AUGUCAAGGACCACAAGAGUGUUGAAUGCAAAGGCAGAGCUUGAAGGGGAUUACGGUGUUGUUGGUGGUGGGACAUAUAUAGGAGGAUUUGAAGAUGAUGAUGAUGGAGGAGGAGAUGGCGGCAAUGAGAGAUGGGUCUUGGUGGUGUUAGUGGUAUUGGAGAUGGAUUUGUUCAAG